AGUGCAGAGAAGUUCUGGAUAUUGAAAUCUUAAUAGUAGAAGGCAUUCCAAAAACUUCAGUCCUCAAAAAGUCUAUUAAGACACAACUCAGAAUAGUUUGUUUUCACACAUUUUGGGAGACCAUGCAAGACAUAGAUGAUUAUUAUCCUCAUAUUGGUGAAUAUGGUAGAUUCCAAAAGAUAUUACUAUGGACUAUCCUAUUACCUAUUUUAAUACCUAGUUGUUUCACAACUUUUAAUCAAAUAUUUAUGUCUGAUGUACCUAACCAUUGGUGCCGAGUGCCUGAUUUAGAGCUCCUUUUGAAUGAUUCAGAAAAAAGGAGAAUGUUAUCUAUCCCUCUAGCGGAAGGAUACAACAAUUAUGAGAAAUGCUGGAGGUACAAAGUAAAUUGGACAGAAAUUAUAAGAGAAAAUAUUAGUCUUCCAAAUGCUUCAUGGCCUGUGGAAUCGUGCAUAGAUGGUUGGGAAUAUAACACAACUGAAGUCAGUUCAUCAGUUGCCAUAGAUUUUGAUCUUGUAUGUAAUAAGAGUAUUUAUCCAACGAUUGGUCUUUCAUUUUUAAAUAUGGGUGGACCUUUGGGUAUUUUCUGUUUUGGAUUAAUUAAUGACAGAUUUGGAAGAAAAUUUUCCUUAUUAGUAUGCUUGACGGUAACAAUUUUGAGCAAUACUUUGUCAGCUUUUGCACCUAAUAUAGUUUUCUGGAUGAUAACAAGAUUGUUUCUGGGAACAACAAUUCCAGCUCUUUACCACAUUGUUUUUAUACUAGCUCUUGAAAUUGUAGGAAAAAAAUAUCGGACAUGGAUUUCUUUAAUGUCAUGUUUUACAUUUACUUUUGGACUAAUGGCACUUUCUGCCAUUACUUAUUUGAUUCCGCACUGGAGAUACAUGACAAUAUUAACCGCUGCCCCAUUUUCAGUUUAUAUUUUUGUAUUAUGCUUUAUUCCAGAAUCUCCUAGGUGGUUAAUGGCAAGAAACCAUCACAAAGAAGCAGUUAAAGUGAUGAAAAACAUAGCAAGGAUUAACAAAAGGCAAUUAAAAGAUUCCUUUAUGGAUCUCAAGGACAUGGCGCCUCUUCAGUCAGGAUCACUAGAAUGUUCCAAAAAGAAAAACAUUAACAUUCUAGAUUUCUUCCGGAGUCCUAAUAUGAGAAUGAAAACUAUUCUGAUUUCUUACAAUUGGUUUGUAAAUGAAAUUGUAUAUAUCGGUUUAAGUUACUACAGUCCAUCUUUAGGCAGUGAAAAACACCUUUCAUUUUUCCUCAGUGCUUUGGUCGAAAUCCCAGGAAAUUUGUUAUGUAAAUACAUGAUGGAUGCAUGGGGGAGAAAACUUCCUAUUUUCGUUCUUAUGAUAAUUAGUGGAGUGUUCUGCAUAAUUACAGUUUUUCUUCCAAAAGAUGCAGUUAUAGCCAUUAUGGUCAUAUUCUUAAUAUCCAAAUUUGCUAUCUCAGCUUCAUUUCUCAUAAUGUACACAUAUGCUGGUGAACUAUAUCCCACAGAUGCACGAGGGCUGGGGCUUGCUGUAUCCGCAUACUGCAGCGCUGUGGGACGUGUUUUUCUUCCUUUUGUGACAUACCUCGGGUCAGAUGACCUUGCACUACCUUUGGUCAUACUUGGAAUCCUUUCAGUUAUCGGAGGAACAUUGUCGUUAAGACUGCCAGAAACCCUCAAUCAAUCACUACCACAAACAAUCGCAGAAGGAGAAGAGUUUGGGAAAGAUUUGUCUUUCAGUAAUUGCUGGAAAUUUUUAAAAUAAUUAAACAUUAAUUAUUACACUAGUAUAAUUUUACUAUGUACAAAUCUUGUAAAUUACCAAACUAUAUAAAUAUCUACAUUGUUGAGUUUUAUAUAUUUUAUAUUAUUGUAUAUUACAAGAAUAUUACAAAUAACAAAAAAAGGAAAAAGCAC